CAGCUGAGUAUCACGUGACGCUGUGUGAAGGCAACAUGGCGACACAGUGCUGAGGUAGCACAGCUGAACAACCCCGUGUGGAAGAGUCGUCUGCCCGGUUUUGUUUGCAUAUUUGACGCCGACAUAAGACAGGGGCACUGCCGACAAUGACGGUUUGACGGAAAGGCAAUAGCCGUGCGAGAGAUGCUACAACAACAACGUCCAGAACGACAACUGCAGACGGAAAGUACUAAAACGAAGAGCAUGUUUCUGUCCAGGGCGCUUGAGAAAAUCCUCGCGGAUAAGGACGUGAAGCGGACCCAGCACAAUCAGUUGCGUAAAGCCUGUCAGGUAGCACUUGAUGAAAUCAAAACUGAACUGGAAAAACAAAAAGAUGGCACUGUGGUCGCCCCCAGGGCCAACUACAUUGAGGCAGAUAAGUAUGUGCUGCCCUUUGAGCUGGCCUGUCAGUCCAAGUCCCCACGCAUCGUCAGCACCUCGCUGGACUGCUUGCAGAAGCUGAUUGCCUACGGCCACAUCACAGGCAAUGCACCCGACAGCUCCGCUCCAGGCAAGCGGCUCAUCGACCGCCUGGUGGAGACCAUAUGCAACUGCUUCCAAGGGCCGCAGACGGAUGAGGGUGUGCAACUGCAGAUCAUCAAGGCCCUCCUGACGGCGGUGACGUCGCCCCACAUCGAAAUCCACGAGGGCACGGUGCUGCUGACGGUGCGCACCUGUUACAACAUCUACCUGGCCAGCCGCAACCUGAUAAACCAGACCACUGCCAAGGCCACCCUCACCCAGAUGCUCAACGUCAUCUUCACUCGCAUGGAGACGCAGGCAGCUCUGGAGGCUCGCGAGCAGGAGAAGGAGAGACAGCGGCUGCAGCAGCCGUCCCCCCUCCCUGGGCAUGUGUCCUCCCCCCGGAGUCACAACGGGUCCCUGUCACCCGCUGCCAGCAUUCCCGAGACCAGCCCCUCCCCCGCCACCCCGGGCGACGCCCCAGUGGACACGCCUUCUGUCAACGGGCAGUCAGAGGAGGGCGGGGCUGAGGAUGAGGGAGAUGUGCUGGAAUCAAGCCAAGAUGCCCCAACCCUUCCAGAUGUUUCUGUAGUUCCAAAUGCAGCCCAGCCUGAUGUGGAGGAGCAGAAGGGUGGGGCAGAGGUGGAGGAAGACGGGGGAGGGGAGAAGGAAGCUGAAGAAGCACCAGCGGUUAAGGACCAGCCAGAACCAGAGACAGGACAAGAACCAGAAGCAGAACCAGAACCAGAACCAGAACCAGAACCAGAACCAGAACCAGAGCCAGAACCAGAGCCAGAACCAGAGCCCCCGGCUGAGACUGAGCACGCAGAGACUGCGCCCCCUCCUGGCAAGGCAGUCAGCCUGCAGGUUAACGGCAUCGUGGACGACCGCACCUCUGAAUCCUCCACAGACAUCCUGGACGCAGACGCCAUGCAUGGAGGCCCCGCCGCCGCCCGCUUCUCCCACGUCCUGCAGAAAGACGCCUUCCUGGUCUUCCGCUCGCUCUGCAAGCUCUCCAUGAAGCCCCUGGCGGACGGGCCCCCGGACCCCAAGUCACAUGAGCUGCGCUCCAAGGUGGUGUCCCUGCAGCUGCUGCUGUCGGUCCUGCAGGGCGCCGGCCCCGUCUUCCGCACCCACGAGAUGUUCGUCAACGCCAUCAAGCAGUACCUGUGCGUGGCGCUGUCCAAGAACGGGGUCUCCUCCGUGCCCGACGUCUUCGAGCUCUCGCUGGCCAUCUUCCUCACUCUGCUGUCACACUUCAAGGUCCAUCUCAAGAUGCAGAUUGAGGUGUUCUUCAGGGAAAUAUUCCUUACAAUCUUGGAGACAUCCUCCAGUUCCUUUGAACACAAGUGGAUGGUGAUCCAGACACUCACCCGGAUCUGUGCAGAUGCUCAGUGUGUUGUGGACAUCUACGUCAACUAUGACUGCGACCUCAAUGCGGCCAAUAUCUUUGAGAGGCUGGUGAAUGACUUGUCCAAGAUUGCCCAAGGAAGAAGCGGCCAGGAGCUGGGCAUGACACCCCUACAGGAGCUGAGCUUGCGAAAGAAAGGUCUGGAAUGCCUUGUGUCAAUCCUGAAAUGCAUGGUGGAGUGGAGCAAAGACCUGUAUGUCAACCCCAAUCUUCUUGCCAACCUUGGUCAGGAGCGGCCCGCGGAGGUGGAGGGGGUGGAGGGGAGGCUGCCGGACCACCUGGCCUUCCGCAGGGACAGCGCCAGCUCCCUGGACUCCACCGUGUCCUCGGGGUUCCAGGGCUCCCAGCCCGACCACCCCGAGCAGUACGAGGUCAUCAAGCAGCAGAAGGAGGUCAUCGAGCACGGCAUCGUGCUGUUUAACAAGAAACCAAAGCGGGGCAUUCAGUACCUGCAGGAGCAGGGGAUGCUGGGAGUCUCGGCGGAGGACAUCGCCCAGUUCCUGCAUCAGGAGGAGCGACUCGACACGACCCAGGUGGGUGAGUUUCUGGGUGAGAAUGUCCGCUUCAACAAGGAGGUCAUGUACUGCUACGUGGACCAGCUGGACUUCUGCGGGCGGGACUUUGUGUCCGCCCUGCGGGCGUUCCUGGAGGGCUUCCGCUUGCCAGGCGAGGCGCAGAAGAUUGACAGGCUGAUGGAGAAGUUUGCUGCCCGAUACCUGGAGUGCAACCAAGGACAGACGCUCUUCGCCAGCGCAGACACGGCCUACGUGCUGGCCUACUCCAUCAUCAUGCUCACCACGGAUCUGCACAGCCCUCAGGUGAAGAACAAGAUGACGAAGGAGCAGUACAUCAAAAUGAACCGCGGGAUCAAUGACAGCAAGGACCUGCCGGAAGAGUACCUGUCCUCCAUCUACGACGAGAUCGCAGGCAAGAAGAUCGCCAUGAAGGAGAGCAAGGAGCACUCCAUCACGCCCAAGUCCAGCAAGCAGGGUGUGGCCAGUGAGAAGCAGAGACGUCUGCUCUACAACGUGGAGAUGGAGCAGAUGGCCAAGACCGCCAAGGCGCUGAUGGAGGCGGUGAGCCACGCCCAGGCUCCCUUCUUCAGCGCCACCCACCUGGAGCACGUGCGGCCCAUGUUUAAGCUGGCCUGGACUCCCUUACUGGCGGCCUUCAGCGUGGGCCUGCAGGACUGCGACGACCAGGAGGUGGCGUCCCUGUGCCUGGAGGGCAUUCGCUGUGCUAUCAGGAUCGCCUGCAUCUUCAGCAUGCAGCUGGAAAGGGAUGCAUAUAUCCAGGCUCUGGCGCGCUUCACCCUGCUGACUGCCAGCUCCAGUAUUACGGAGAUGAAGCAGAAGAACAUCGACACCAUUAAGACCCUCAUCACCGUGGCCCACACCGAUGGCAACUACCUGGGAAACUCCUGGCACGAGAUCCUGCGGUGUAUCAGCCAGCUGGAGCUGGCGCAGUUGAUUGGCACAGGGGUGAAGACGCGCUACAUCUCAGGGGUGGUGCGGGACAGGGAGUCCGGGAUCAAGGGCUUCCCCGUGGGGGGAGAGGAGUUUAUGCCCCUGGGCCUAGGGACUUUGGUGGGGGGGCCAGACAGGAAGCAGAUGGCCCACAUCCAGGAGUCGGUGGGCGAGACCAGCUCCCAGAGCGUGGUGGUGGCGGUGGACAGAAUCUUCACUGGCUCCACCAGACUGGACGGCAAUGCUAUAGUGGACUUUGUGCGCUGGCUGUGCGCGGUGUCCAUGGACGAGCUGGCGUCCCCGCACCAGCCGCGCAUGUUCAGCCUGCAGAAGAUCGUGGAGAUCUCCUACUACAACAUGAACCGCAUCCGCCUGCAGUGGUCCCGGAUCUGGCAGGUCAUCGGAGACCACUUCAACAAGGUGGGCUGUAACCCCAACAAGGACGUGGCCAUCUUCGCCGUGGACUCCCUGCGGCAGCUGUCCAUGAAGUUUCUGGAAAAAGGAGAGCUGGCAAAUUUCCGCUUCCAGAAGGACUUCCUUCGGCCCUUUGAACACAUCAUGAAGAAGAACAGGUCACCCACAAUCAGGGACAUGGUGAUCCGCUGUGUGGCCCAGAUGGUGAACUCCCAGGCGGCCAACAUCCGCUCCGGAUGGAAGAACAUCUUCUCUGUGUUUCACCAGGCCGCCUCUGACCAUGAGGAGCCCAUCGUGGAGCUGGCCUUCCAGACCACGGGACACAUCGUCAUGAGCACCUUCCAGGCGCACUUUGCAGCUGCCAUUGACUCCUUCCAGGAUGCGGUCAAGUGCCUGUCUGAGUUUGUGUGCAAUGCUGCGUUCCCCGACACCAGCAUGGAGGCCAUUAGACUCAUACGCCACUGCGCCAAAUAUGUGUCUGAACGACCACAGGCCCUGAGAGAAUACACCAGUGAUGACAUGAACGUGGCCCCAGGGGAUCGGGUGUGGGUUCGAGGCUGGUUCCCCAUUCUCUUUGAGCUGUCCUGUAUCAUCAACCGCUGCAAGCUUGACGUGCGCACUAGGGGUCUUACGGUGAUGUUCGAGAUCAUGAAGAGCUACGGGCACACGUUUGAGAAGCACUGGUGGCACGACCUGUUCCGCAUCAUCUUCCGCAUCUUCGACAACAUGAAGCUUCCGGAGCAGCAGACUGAGAAAACGGAGUGGAUGACCACGACCUGCAACCACGCGCUGUACGCCAUCUGCGACGUCUUCACGCAGUUCUACGAGCCCCUCAGCGAGGUCCUGCUGGCCGACCUCUUCACUCAGCUGCAGUGGUGCGUCCGACAAGGUGGGUCUCUGCACUCUGCCCCCGUCUGUCCUUUCAGGCCUGUGACAAAGCGGAGGUGCUCAUGUGCGUUCCCUCCCCUCUGUAGCUUGCUGACGUGGCGGCCGGCCAGCCAGGAGGAGGAGGCUGGAGACGCUAAGCACAUGGAUGUGGAGAUGGACUCCCAGUCUCAGAGCAGCUUUGAGAAGACCUUGUCUGAGCGGGGGCAGAGUCAGAUGUCCAACGCCAGCGAUGAGGCCUGGAGAGGGAAGUCUCACGCCAAAAUUUCAGACCAGAAGCUGUUUGCCUGCCUGCUGAUAAAAUGCGUGGUGCAGCUGGAGCUGAUCCAGACCAUCGACAACAUUGUGUUCUACCCUGCAACCAGCAAGAAGGAGGACGCUGACAACAUGGCUGCUGCCCAGAGGGACGUGCUGGAGGAGGGGGCGGAGACGGACACGGCUGUGGGCGGAGCCGGCGAGCAGGGCAUGUACAGGCACCUGUCGUCCGCGCACCUCUUCAAGCUGCUGGACUGCCUGCUGGAGUCGCACGCCUUCGCCCGCGACUUCAACUCCAACAACGAGCAGCGAACAGCCCUGUGGAGAGCAGGGUUCAAGGGGAAGUCCAAGCCCAACCUUCUGAAGCAGGAGACGAGCAGCCUGGCCUGCAGCCUGAGAAUCCUGUUCCGCAUGUACUCAGACCAGCAGCUACAGGCCUCCUGGCCUGACAUCCAGACCCGACUGCUGCUGGUGUGCAGCGAGGCUUUGGCCUAUUUCAUCACCCUGACGUCUGAGAGCCACCGCGAGGCCUGGACCAACCUGCUCCUCCUGCUGCUCACCAAGACCCUGCGGCUCCCCGACGACAAGUUCAAGCCCCACGCGUCCUGUUACUACCCUCACCUGUGUGAGAUGAUGCAGUUCGACCUGAUCCCCGAGCUCCGCGCCGCGCUCCGCCGCUUCUUCCUGCGCAUCGGCUCCGUCUUCCACAUCGCCGCGCCCGAGGCGGGCCAGCCCCGGCCCGGGGGCACCUAGGGGCCGCGUGGCGGGGAGGGGGGGGAGCGGAUUCGGGCCUGGAGAGCGCGACGCUUCCCGGUUUGGGAUUGUGAGACGGACGGGAAGCACGCCGGAACCCUCCGUGUGUCAGACUGGACUGUGGCCGCUGGUGUCCUGGGAUCAGCGAGGCUUCCGUCUGUCUGUCAGCCUCAAGUGUUUCUCUGCACUCGACCCCCAACCCCAGACACAAAGAAAAACACUGUGAUGGACAGGGCUACAGGCCGACUGCUUACAAACUGUACAGACUGACAUGAGAAAAACUGUAAUUUAUUACUGAUAAUGUUAUAUUCCGUUUGUUUUUUUUUCUUUUUUGUUAUUAAGGCUGAACAAAAACGUUUAUUGAAAUGUAAAACAAGAAGCUACAUGAAUGAGAAAUAUACAGAAUAUGGAAAUAGUGCUCUCUAAAUCCUCUACGCUGGACGUUAUUGGCUAGUUGAAGCGUAGCAGAGUUAUAUCUGAAAACCCAUGCCUGAUGUGAGCUGAACCGUGAGCAGGGGAGUCCCUCUCUCAGCCUGGGACUGGCUGAGCUGGGCUUCCCUCUCUGAAGUGCUUUCAGAGGUGAUGAAAAGCGCAAUACGAGUGCAGUUUGCUGUUCUCAUUGUUCCGUUAGCAGUGGGACCCCUCAUUGAACUCUCAGUUGCUUUAUUCCCCCUCUGGCCAUGUUCUAACCCACACUGUGCUGUAACCCACAGCCCUCCAUGUGCAAGCACCUUUACUGACAUUAGAGAGAUAGAGGUGUGUUGGGUCUGCCCUGUGCCCUGAGGUCUCCGUUUUCACAAUUCAAAUUUUUUGCAGCAACGUAAGGCAAUGGUGUACUCUGAGAGCUAGAGUAAUGAAGUUAUGACACUUUGAACACUAUGAAAUGGAAUGCUGUCUGUAUUCUUUCAUGUGCCAGAGAUCAGCGGUCAGUGUCCUCCUGUUCGCUUGAAGGCUGCGUCUCUCGUGCUCCGCUCACUCCUCAUGGUUCUCCAUAGUUGUGUUUCCCUUGUAGGACCUGUGGUCCUAUGAACCGCUUCACACCCAGCUCCUCCAGAGGGGACUUGCAGGUGCGCAGAUUCUAUGGUCUCUUAGUUCCAGCCUGUCAGCCAUGCUCCAGGAAGCCCCAUCCAGUGCUCUUCUCAAUGACACGUGUAUACUGUACAGGACAGGCUUUUUGGUUUGCUCUGCCCAUACAGUGCCUGUCUGAAAAGACAGCGGGGCAGUUUGGUGGGUUGGGAUUGGCUGAAUGUGAGGAAGAGGGAAAGGUGAUGCAUCUUCUCUUCUUUUUCCUGCAACAGUUUGAUGGCCGUGUAGUCGCUCGCCCCAGUGUUUCUGAUAAAAUAUUCAGGUUAGAAAUGUACAAAUGAAAGUCAUCUGGAAGGAAAGGCCUGCAGUGCAGUAAAAUGGCCUCUGGCCUUCUGCUUCAUUAUUUAUUUUUUCUACCCACAGCAGUCCCUGCUGUUUUCCCAUUGUAUUAUUCCAAUGUAUGUUGUAUUAAAUUGGAAAAGGGGUGCAUUAGCCAUGCAGUGCAUUCUCACAACUCGAGAGACUCAAAAUGACAUUUAGUAAUGUGAUACCUGAUUGGUGCAAAAGUAGUAUGCAGGAAAUAGAAUGGCCACAUUCUCACCCUGAAGCCCUGUGUAUCUACAGUAAUAUUACAUGAAGCAUUGUUUUUACAAACAAGGAUGUAUGUAAUUCUAUGAAGUGCAUUAAUAUUUUUUGAAAAGCAUUCCUUUCCUUGCAACUGUGGAUGUCUUUUUUUCUUCAAGAAAAAUAGUAUAUAUAAAUACAGUAUAUGAAGAAAAAAAACUGUAAAAUUUUCAUGUAAUAUAUAGAGAUAAAAUACUAUACUAUGUACACAAACUGUGAUGUAAUCUUACAAUGAUUUGGUCAAGUAAUCAAUAAAGUUCAAAUUCUGA